AUGGCUGAUAUCGAAGAUGAUUUGUUCGCUCCGCUUGCAAAGAAGGAGAGCAUGGCAAUUGUUAAAGUGAAACGACGGUUAAAACAAGAAAAUAUAUUUUUUGAGGGCGAUAGUUUUGUUCCAGGAACUCAUAGUAUUUUUGUGAAAACAUGGGGUUGCGCUCAUAAUACAAGCGAUUCUGAAUAUAUGACUGGUCUUCUUACUGCCGCUGGCUACCACAUAACAUCGUCCAAGGCAAGAAAUUUCAUCAGUGAAAGUGCGUCGCUUUGGUUAUUAAAUAGUUGCACCGUAAAGACUCCAUCAGAAACACAAUUGGAAAAUCUCGUCAAAGAAGCUCAAAAUAUGGGGAAAUUCAUUGUUGUUGCUGGCUGUGUAUCACAGGCUGAACCAAAUGCUCAAUUUUUGAAAAAUUUAUCUAUCGUUGGUGUUAAACAAAUUGAUCGCAUUGUUGAAGUUGUCGAAGCAACUCUUGAAGGAAACUGUGUUCGCCUUUUAACUCGCAAAAGACCCAAUCAACGCCUUGCUUUGCCAAAAAUGAGGAGAAAUGCUUUGAUAGAGGUACUUGCAAUUAGUACGGGUUGUUUGAACCGGUGUACAUAUUGUAAAACAAAGCUCGCUCGGGGCGAUCUUGUUAGUUAUCCUCUGGAAGAUUUAGUUGAGCAAGCGCAGUCUGCGUUCAGUGAUGGUUGUCGUGAAAUUUGGCUCACCUCGGAGGACCUUGGCGCAUGGGGUCGUGAUAUCGGGAUGGUUUUGCCAGAUUUGUUAAAUGCUCUGGUUAAAGUGAUACCAGAAGGAUGUAUGAUGCGUCUUGGAAUGACGAAUCCUCCCUAUAUAUUAGAUUUUCUUGAGGAAGUUGCUAAAAUUCUCAAUCAUCCCCGAGUUUAUUCAUUUCUUCACAUACCAGUUCAAUCAGCGAGUGAUGCCGUCUUAUCGGAUAUGAAACGAGAAUAUGAUUGCGCUGAUUUCUGUGUUGUAAUGGAUUAUAUGUUAUCCAAUGUUCCAAAUAUAUAUAUCGCAACUGAUUUUAUUUGUGCUUUUCCCACCGAAACUGUGGAGGAUUUUGAAGAAAGCAUGGAACUUAUCAGAAAAUAUCAUUUCCCUUCUGUAUUUAUUAAUCAGUUUUAUCCGCGCAAAGGCACUCCAGCGGCUUGUUUGAAAAAGAUUGAUACUGUUGAGGCUCGUCGACGUACUUCGCAAAUGUCUGCUUUAUUUCGUUCAUACAGUCGCUAUGGAGAAACUCGGAUUGGCGAAAUACAUCGAGUUUUGGUUUGUGAACAGGCAUCUGAUAAGAUCCAUUACGUUGGGCAUAAUAAGUCUUAUGAGCAAAUUUUAGUGCCAGGUGAUGAUGCGUCAAUUCUAGGCCAUUUUGUCGAUGUAAAAAUUGUUGAAGUUUCAAAAUAUCAUAUGAAAUCCUGUUUAAUCAAAAAGAAUUCAAAUACUGUUAUGAAAUUUUUCUCUAAUAUUGUUACCAAUUUUUAUCGAAAUUACCAUCCAAUUGCAACUGCACUUUUUUCAGUUUUUGUUUUUCUUUUUUUAUAUUUUAAUCCUUUAUUUUGA